UAAUUAUCAAAAAAAAAAAAAAACUCAUCGCUCCAUUUUUGCUUCGUUUUGCUUUUCCCUAAAUUCAAAUUCUUCAAUCAUUGCCAAAAAAAUAAGAAAACAAAAUUUAAUUCGCUUUAAUUUUAGGGUUUCAUUACUCUCUCUCUUCUGUGUAUGUGAAGUUGAAGCGAAGUAUUCGGUUGAAUUUUGUUGCAAUUUUAUUCUUCUUUAAAUAUAAUUUCGUUUGAUUGAGGGGAAAAAGAGGAAGAACAAGAUUGCAAAUCUCUCUCUUUUUUUUCUUCUUUUCAAUUGAGAGCGUCUGCGAAUUGCUAUCAGUUGAUUUGUUGGCACAGAACCGGUCUUUCAUAAUCGCUCUAUGAUAUAAAAAAUUUGUGUUUUUCUUAUCCUAUAUUUUGCUGCUAAAAUAUGGUCAAACUCUCCUUAUUUUAGUGGAUUAAAAUGGAGAUAUCAGCUCUUUUAACCUCCGCAGGGAUCAAUAUAGGUGUUUGCUGUGUGCUUUUUUCAUUGUAUUCUGUAUUAAGGAAACAACCAAGCAAUAGAAAUGUAUACUUUGGACGUAAAUUGGCACAGAUGCGAACAACACGUGAUGAUCCUCACUGGUUUGAGAGAUUUGUACCUUCUCCUAGUUGGAUUUUAAAGGCUUGGGAGACAUCUGAAGAUGUGAUAUUGGCUAUUGGGGGAUUAGAUGCUGUUGUCUUGAUGAGGAUGCUAGUAUUCAGUAUUAGAAUUUUCUCUAUUGCUGCAAUUGUCUGCACUGCAAUUGUGCUGCCUUUGAAUUAUUAUGGACAAGAAAUGGAGCACAAGCUUAUUCCUUCUGAGUCACUGGAAGUAUUUACCACUCAGAAUGUCAAAGAAGGUUCUAGAUGGCUUUGGGCUCAUUGUCUUGCGUUAUACAUUAUUUCGUGCUCAGCUUGCAUUCUUCUGUACUUUGAGAAUAAAAGUAUUAUUAGGAGGAGGCUUGCCUAUAUUAAAGGAUCUGCUCAAGAUUUAAGUCAAUUUGCAGUACUUGUUCGGGGUAUACCUUGGUCUGCAGAAGAGUCAUAUAGUACUACGUUGAAGAAUUAUUUUACGAAGUACUAUCCAUCUUCAUAUCUCUCACACCAAAUGGUGUAUCAUUGUGGGAAAAUGGAGAAGCUGAUGAAAAGUGUCAGGGAGAUGUAUGAUGUUCUCUAUCAUGAUAGCAUCCCAUCAUGUCACUCAUGUGGUUUAUCGGGAGGAGGACGUCCGAACUUAUUCAAUAUUCUUGUCGAUGAACCAGAAGUUAGUGAAAAAGGGAAAAUGGAUUUGCAAGACUUGCGUGAUAAUAGAGGAAAGGAGUGUCCAGCUGCUUUUGUGUUUUUUAAAACCCGCUAUGCGGCUGCUUGUGCUGCCAGGGCUCUUCAAUCAUCAAACCCAAUGUUGUGGGUUACGCAUCAGGCCCCAGAGCCACGUGAUAUAUAUUGGCCAAACCUCGCAAUUCCAUAUAGGCAAUUCUGGUUGCGGAGGACAGCGACUCUUCUGGCUACUGCAGCUUUCCUGGUUUUCUUUAUAGCUCCCGUUGCUCUUGUGCAGAGUUUGGCUAAUUUAAAUACACUCCAGCUGACAUUUCCUUUCUUGAGAGGACUGCUAAACAAAAAAUACGUGAGUCAGCUGGUUACAGGGUACCUUCCUAGUGUCAUACUGGUAUUGUUUUUCUAUACUGUCCCACCAUUGAUGAUACUCUUUUCAACAAUUGAGGGGUCAAUCUCUCGAAGUGGGAGGAAAAGGGGCGCCUGCUGCAAAGUCUUGUUUUUCACAAUCUGGAAUGUUUUCUUUGUUAACAUUGCAUCUGGAACUGUACUCAAUAAGCUGAGCGUCUUUUCCCAACCGAAAGACAUACCUCUACAACUUGCAGCUGGAGCAGUGCCAGCAGCGGUCAAAUUCUUUAUGACCUAUGUGUUGACAUCAGGUUGGACCAGUUUGGCAUGCGAAGUUGUGCAACUCUAUCCACUUCUCUGUAACUUCAUCUAUAAGGUCAUUCUUAGAAAAGACCAUGGCCCAUUUGACGGAGAGUACACUUUUCCGUAUCACUCUGAAGUCCCAAGAAUCCUUUUAUUUGGACUUCUUGGUUUGAGUUUUUCAAUCUUGGCACCUUUGAUUCUCCCAUUAUUGCUGGUGUAUUUCUGUCUGGCGUAUCUUGUGUACCGCAAUCAGAUUAUCAAUGUUUAUAUCACGGAAUAUGAUAGUGGUGGUAAAUACUGGCCCAUUGUCCAAACCUCAACCAUAUUCUCUCUGGUACUGGCACAAAUUAUAGCUAUGGGCGUCUUUGUGUUGAAAAGGUCAACAGUCUGCUUUGGAUUUACUAUACCAUUGGCCAUAUGUACACUUCUAUUCAACGAAUACUGUAGGCGGAGAUUUUUCCCUGUCUAUGGAAACAUUGCUGCUGAGGUUCUUAUUGAUUUGGAUCAGCAGGAUGAGCAAAGUGGGAGGAUGGAGGCAAUAUAUCAACGGCUUCAAACUGCUUAUAGUCAAUUUGAAUGGCUUACUUAUGGUCGCUCCAGAAGGAAAUCUCAGUACCUUUCUGAUGAUGAAGACACCUUAAGGCACACACAAGAACUUAAAACAGAAAGUGAAUUUAGUCAAGAAAUCAUAGUAGACGAAUCUGUAGGCAAAUCUUGGCCUACAAAUCACAACGCAGAAGUGGAAUCCAAGUCGAGUAGGUAGUUCCAUCAUUAGGCUAGGUUUUUUUUACUAUUCUUUAUAUAAUCUUAUUCCUUUUUUUGGUUCUGAUCUUCUGCAACUGUAUAGUGGUCAUCUCUGAUUGAAUCAAUUCUUGGAAAAGCAAGUUGGUAGGGGAAAUAUUGGUAUAGGCUUGUACAGGAAAUGAGGGAAUACAAAAUGUUGUGUGUUUCUGUUGUUAUAAUGUACAAAAGUGUAUUAUUCUUCCAACACAUUUAGCAUGCUUGAUACGUACAGUUCCUUCUGGAGUGUAGAGAUUUUCAUGCACAAAGAGAACAGGAAAAAGAAUGUAUAUGAAAAUGUAAAGAUCCUAAUGUACCGAAUCCGUCUUUUCAUUUGCAUUUUGGCAGACCGUCAAGCUUUUGCGCUGGGCUACCGUUCAAAAAAGAAAAAAAAAAUAAAAGCUUGUAUGCUUGGCUAGUUUUUAUUCUCGCA